AUGCGCCUGCCGCUGCUCCUCGUCGCCGUCGCCUCGGCAGCGACGCCAAACUGGGAGCUCGAGGCCGAGCUCAACGCCGAGGUGCCGGCGGAGAAGCGCGACGCGUUGAAACACGCCGUGCGCGCCGAGGUGAAGCGGAGCCUCACGCGCUACCCCCACGUCAUCGCCGGGGCCGCGGACGCGAAGGCGUUCGUGCGACGGCUCGGCCGCGCGGAGCGGCGCGAGGACCUCGUCGUCGUCGUCGACGGCCGCGUCCUCGUCUCCCCGGCCUUCGCCAAGAUCGACAAGAACAACCGGCACCUCCAGUUCGUCUGGUCCGUGACGCAGAUGUCGAACGUGCCGAACGUGGCCUACCUUCUCGACCGCUUCGCGUUCGGCGACCGGCACCCGUACCCGUCGUCGUCGGCCAACGCGUCGAGCGGCUGCGUCGCCGCGCCGGGCCCGGCGCCGGACCCGGAGUUCGUCAUCGCCAAGUACCACGGCCACGGCAUGUGCGGCGUGCUGAUCCCGAACAUGUACGUCUUCAACGAGGUCGGCAAGUGGGCCAAGGAGGCCGAGAAGCUGAAACAGGCCGCCGUCGCGAAGCCCUGGAAGGACCGGUCGUCCCGGGUCUUCUGGCGGGGCCAGAUCCUGGCCCAGGACAAGUGCCACCGCGACGGGGGCAACCACGCGCGCUGGUCCGCGCUCGCGCUCGCGCGCGAGAAACCGGACGCCUUCGCGUGCGCGUGCCUCGACGGCAAGCCCUGCGCCGCGCGCGACGCGGCGCGAUUCCCCUGCGACGGCCUGCCCUACACGGCGACGAUGGCCGCUUUGGUCGCCGAGGACCGCGCGAAGCACUCGAAGGCCGCGCUGCCGAUGGCCGACUUUGCGAACUACAAGUUCCUGCUGAACCUGCCGGGGACCAUCUCCGGGUCCUACAGCCGCCACCUCAACGUGCUCUGGGCGCUGGGCGCCGUCGUCCUGCUCUGGGACUCGCCCCACGUCGAGUGGUACUACCCCGCGCUCAAGGACGGCGCGACGCACGUCGUCGUCGUCGUCGACGCGGCGUCCGCGGCCGAGACCGCGGCGGCGCUCCUCGCGGACCCCAACCGGGCCCGGGGCCUCGCGCUCCGCGCGCGCGUCGUCCACGACCUCUUCCUCUGCCCGGACUGCCUCGCGAGCCACUUCAAAUUCGUCGUCGACGCGUACCGGAAGCGGUUCCGCCUCGAGAAGGCGCUCGACGGCGCCGCGCUCCCGGCCGUCGUCGGCGACCUCCUGCGCGAGGGGCCCCUCGUCGAGGUCCAGUUCGGCGCCUCGGAGACCCGCGGCGCGGACGCGAAGCCGACGAGCUCCAUCCCGCACCUCUUCUCGCGGCCGUUUUGCGACGCGACGCCAUCCGCGUCUGGCACGCUCGGCGGCCGGUUCCCAGCCGCGGCGGCCGCCAUGGGCGCCCCGCGGUGGAUGGACGACGGCGAGACGGGCCGGUGCAUGGGGUGCACCAAGGCCUUCGACAGCGGCACCUGGCGCCACCACUGCCGGCGCUGCGGCAUGAUCUUCUGCGACCACUGCAGCCGGUUCAAGUGCCUCAUCCACCCCGCCGAGGCGGUCUACCCGCCGGACUGGGACUCGAUGCUGUCGAGCUUCGACCCGCGGGAGCCGCUGCGCGAGCAGAUCGACCGCGACCUCGCGCUCGCGCUCGCGCUCAGCGAGGAGGAGCAGCAGCGCGCGCACGACGAGGCCAACGCCGCGCCGCCGCCGCCGCCGCCGGACCACUACCGGCCGCCGGACCACCGCGAGGACGCCGACUCGUCCUUCUUCGGCCGCUGGGGCUCGACCGGCGACGCCGCGCCCCGCGACGACGCCUGGGCCGACGAGCGCCGCGAGCGCCUCUCGUCCCUCGCCGACGAGACGGCCCUCCCGACCGAGGAGCUCAAGGCCUUCUCCCUCCGCGGCGCCGCGCGCGCGCCGCCCGCGCCCUACGACGACGAGCUCGACGAGCUCGAGAUCUGA